AUGCCCGUCACUAACUUCUCCCACCCUGAUCCUUACUCUUACCAGAAUGGCUUCGGCUCGUAUCACGAGACCGAGGCCGUCGAAGGUGCUCUCCCCAUCGGGCAGAACUCGCCCCAAAAGGUGGCUCACGACCUGGGUUUACCGUAUUCUCCCGCGGCCGCCCAUGAAAAGUUCCACGCUGAAGAUGCCGAUUCCUACCACACUCGCAUGACUACCGAGACACAUAAGCUCCACCACAUUCCCAACCAGCUACGAUGGAAUCCAUUCGACUUUGAUGAGAAGGUAGACUGGGUACAUGGCUUGCACCUAGUCGCCGGGUCGGGCGACCCUACGAUGAAGCAAGGUUUGGGCAUUUUGCUCUACGCAGCUGGCAAGGACAUGGGCAAGGAGGCCUUCUACUCCGCAGAUGGAGACUUCCUGAUCGUUCCUCAGCACGGAGUUCUAGAUAUUCAGACUGAGCUCGGUCGCAUAAUUCUACGCCCAAAUGAAAUUGCUGUCAUCCCCCGCGGCGUUCGAUACCGUGUAACCCUCCCCGACGGCCCGGUGCGAGGCUACAUCUGCGAGCUAUACCAAGGUCACUACGAGCUCCCUGAGCUGGGUCCUAUUGGGUCGAACUGCUUGGCCAAUGCCCGGGACUUCCAGGCCCCUGUUGCGGACUUUGACGACGAGGAAGAACCUACCGAGUAUAAGUUGUUCAGCAAGUUCAACAACACCCUCUUCUCCGCUCGUCAAAAGCACACCCCCUUUGACGUCGUCGCCUGGCACGGAAAUUACUACCCAUACAAGUAUGACCUGGGACGUUUCAACACCAUCGGAUCGAUCUCCUUUGAUCACCCUGACCCCUCCAUCUUCACCGUCUUGACUGGUCCUUCAGACCAUGUCGGCACUGCUAUUGCCGACUUUGUGAUCUUCCCACCUCGUUGGCUAGUCCAAGAGAACACUUUCCGACCCCCGUGGUAUCACCGUAACACUAUGUCUGAGUUCAUGGGUCUGAUUAUGGGUGACUAUGAUGCAAAGACUGGUGGUGGCUUCCGACCUGCCGGUGCCAGCUUGCACAAUGUAAUGAGUGCUCACGGUCCAGACUCGUCUGCCUUUGAGGGAGCCAGCAAUGCUGAGCUCAAGCCUAACAAGGUUGGAGAUGGAAGUAUGGCGUUUAUGUUUGAGAGCUCGUUGAUGGUCGGUGUCUCGGAAUGGGGUCUGAAGACCUGCGAGAAGAUACAGGAAGAGUACAAUGACCAUAGCUGGACGCCUCUGAAGCGCCACUUCAAAAACCCAAACAAGAAGUAA